AUGGCUGAAAUGUCAAACCAGCCGUUUGUGUCUUCUGCCAGUCCCAGAGCUACCAGCGUGUCUCGAUCGAGUGAGAGUUCAACUGCUUAUCUUAGCGACCCAAUGAUGAAAAUGAAGUGGUUUCAUCCAUUUCUAACAAGACACUCAGCUGAAUGCAUGCUGAUUGACAACGCUCCUGAAGGCUCUUACCUCCUCAGACCAUCAGCGACUGGUGGCAAGGAUCAAUAUACUCUAUCAGUCAAGUUCUCUCAAUCAGUUCAACACAUGAAGGUUAAGCGACUCCCGGACAGCAGGUAUCAGUUUGGAAGGAGUUUCUUUGAGAAUGUGAAUGCUUUGAAGAAGCACUUUGAGUUAGAGAGACCGAUCGUUGGUGGAGAGUCAGGGAUCACUGUUGUGUUAAGUUAUCCGUAUUCGCGUGAAGUUGAUGAGCAGCAUUUGUACACAGAAGUGCAUCAUCAUGCUGUAACUAGGAUGGUUAAUAAUGCUGUAGUUGAAGAGUCAGACAGUGACAGUUAUGAUUUACCCGAUACUGAUUCAUCUCCUGAACUGGAUAGUUUACACAGAAGAUUACAACAAAUAACACCGAAUUGGAAAGUUAGAUGGUUUGUCCUGCGUAACACGACUCUAAGCUACUACAAAACAAAGCAA